AUGAGUAGUGAGAUUGGUGAGACCUCCGCGUCUGUGUCUUGGUUCAAGUACUUGGCAGAGGAUGCGUCGUCGUUUUUCACGAGGCAGGUGAGUUUCUACGUUGACGAUGAGGAUAAACUUGCCUACUGCUUUUAUAAUCACGAACGAGGACAAGGUCUUGCCAAGCUAAGGAUUUUGGGAGAUGCUCCACCGAAAAACAAGUCCUUGCAAACACAAGAUGUCAAGUAUUUAGGUUGGCACCCUAGCAAGCAAAUGUGGUCCUAUUGUGUUUGGUUAUCUUCCAUGGUCGUCGAAGGAGGAGUAAUAUUCAGCAAUGCUUUGUAG